CAGUAAGGAGAAAAGGUUUGAACAUCAUCACUUUGUCCGUCAGAGGGAGUCAAGUUUCUUAUUCAGCGCUUCUUCCCAUAUUCACUGAAGAACUGCUUACUGAGUCGUUGGGAUGGAAAGGGACCUUGCUUGACAACCGUUUUCACUCAGUUGCUGUUGAGACCUACGUUGAUAGCCGCCCGAAUCACGCUCAAACGUCAGUGCGCUUCAAGGAACCGCCGCCCUCCUCUCGAGUUGAAGAAGUUGAUUCAUGAUUUCUAGGAAGUACAAUAUUACUUCAUUUCCUACCUGGAUUAACUCGUAGAAAACCAUCAAUUUACCUGGUCAACCUUCUUGGUGUAAAAUUUUGUCUGUCAGAAACUAUGCUGUGGAAACUAGCAGAUAACGUGAAGUACGAGGACGACUGCGAGGAAAGGCACGACGGGAGUAGCAAUGGGAACCCCCGGUUACCUCACCUCCCCGCAGUGAGCCAGCACCUUUACAGCCCGUCGCCGUCUCUUUCCCACUCGGCCAACUCAGACUUCCAACCCCCGUAUUUUCCACCUCCCUACCAGCCUAUAUCAUACCCCCAGUCCAGUGACCCCUACUCGCACCUCGGCGACCCUUUCAACAUCAACUCCAUACACCAGUCGUCGAACCAGCAACAAUCAUGGCCGGGGAGACAAGGUCAAGAAGGACCCCAUUCGCGAAGCGGACUCGCUAGUCAGAUUCUGGGCCUGGAAGGCGGCUCUUCCGCCUUGAGGAGAGAAGGUUUCCGACGGCCGGAACUGCUACCGCCUCACGCUCAUAGCAUUGAGUCAUCCGUCAUUGGUGAUAAUAUAGGACUGCACGAAAUGGGCCAUGGCCUGGAUGAUGUUCAACAUGUAGAUGAUCACAGUAUUAUAAUGGCAGAUCAGACGGUCAUCAAAAAAGUACUAGGACUACGAGGGGGCAGGAACUUUGAUCGCUUACAGAGGACUUAUUAUGAGGGGGGCAUUCUUGCUGGUGAGGACGAAGGCCCCAUGUCUCUCCCCAAGAGCAACUCACUGGGCCUGCCCUUCCAGAAGGAGUCCCUGCUAGGCAUGGUGUCCAACCCCACCGAGGUGUUCUGCUCAGUGCCCGGACGCCUCUCGCUUCUCAGCUCCACCUCCAAGUACAAGGUGACUGUGGCUGAGGUGCAGCGGCGUCUGUCCCCUCCCGAAUGCCUCAACGCCUCCCUGCUGGGGGGAGUCCUGCGCAGAGCCAAGUCUAAAAAUGGUGGCCGGUCAUUGAGAGAGAAGUUGGACAAGAUUGGGCUCAACCUGCCCGCUGGAAGGAGGAAGGCUGCUAAUGUCACCCUGCUAACUGCACUGGUAGAAGGUGAAGCCCUUCACUUGGCAAGGGAUUUUGGCUACGUAUGUGAGGCAGAGUUUCCGGCAAAGGCCAUCGCUGAUUACCUGGGUCGACCACAUGUGGAACGCAAUGAGGUCAACUCGCGCAAGAACAUGCUCCUUGCUGCCAAACAAAUCUGUAAGGAGUUCACCGACCUGCUGACUCAGGACCGCUCGCCUCUGGGGAACUCGCGGCCGGCACCCAUCCUCGAUCAGGGAAUCCAGAGCUGCCUGACCCACUUCAGCCUCAUCACCCACGGAUUCGGCUCGCCCGCCAUCUGCGCCGCCAUGACCUCCCUCCAGAACUACCUAAACGAGGCCCUCAAACAGGUGGACAAAAUGUACCUGAGCUCUGGCAGUGACACGCAGGGCUCCUCCGACAAUGGUAGCAAAUCCUCCGACAAAAUGGAGAAGCACAGGAAAUGAGGAAAUGCUCUCACAUUGGACUGUAUAGCCCCCCCUUUCCCCUUUGGACUAUUUUGACGUCCUAUUUAGUAGCGAAAUUGUCGAUAUGAUUCCAAUUCUAGAUCAUUUGUGUUUUCACACAGUUGAAUUUACGAUGUCCUGUGCUUAUGGCCUGUGCUCUUUUACGAGUAGAGUUUUUCAAAAGACUUGUCAAUGCUUUUGCGUUGUUACUACCAUUGGCUGGUUUCAAUGCGAGAUCAACCUACCUUGGUGCCUACUGUAAUAGUAGGUGCAUAAGCUGCUUACAGCCAAAGGGCCUAGACGCUGUUGACACGGGGAAAGGAACAGAAAACAGACUUUGUUGUUUCCCUAUAGGACAUAAUUUCAAGAUGGGUCAUUGUGGUUGUAAAUUCUUUUCAGCUAUUUUUCUUCCUCUUCUGUCUGGAGACAAAUCCUCUGAUUUCCUCUGUCUCUUCCGCGGUGCUCAAUUCCCAUUGGACUUACCAAAGGACGUUGUUUUACAGGAGAUAAGAAAAUCCACUUCAUUCUUGUUUUCUUUGAUGCUCAAAUUUUCAUAACAACUUCAAUGGGUACGGUGUUAUUGUGCUUUUUUAAUGGGAGCUUCUUUCGUAGGUCUGGUAAAAA